AUGGAUGAAGGGGCCCAACAGAGAGAGCAGCAACAUGCCCACUACAAUUAUCCGUCUGUCUCUGGUGCUCCACGGCAUGUUGUACAACAACAAGUAUCUCCCGCGCAGUCACCGGAGAGUUUUCGACGGACAGCCGCUGCUGCUGGAUCUAGACGAAGGAGAGGCAUCCGUUCAUCUGGCUCUGCAGGGCCGAAUUUUGUUCGAGCAGCACAACAGCGCCAAAGCAUUCCAUCUUCGGCACUCCACUUUCAGCAGCCUCCCAAUCAACAUGUGCUUGGUCUUCAGCCAGGACAGUAUGACACAGGAGUCAUUUAUAAUUUUGACCAGUCCGGCACGGCACAGAUUCCUUAUACGAUGCCAUUGCCAGUGGCAUUUACAGCGCGUCAUGCAGAGCCGCUUAGCGCUCUAUCUCCUGGUGUUUCACAGUUUUUCUCGCCUCCAGGGCACAACGAGAAUGCUUCUCAAUAUUUAUCUCCCCAGGUGCAGCUUGCUAUCUACCAGCAGCAGCAACAACAACAACAGAGCGCAUUGGAUCAACGAACGGCAGGGUCACUUGAUACAACUAUAAUGGCCAAUUUCAAUCCUACAGGGGCUGCAGGGACAGCACCCAACGUGGCAAAUCCACAUGAUGCUAGUAAUCAGUACCACCAAGCGCUACUUACGGUGUUUGGGUACACGCAAAGAGGCCAGUUAAACGAAGCUAGUCGGUUAUUGCUUGAGUUGUCGACGUGGCUUAUUGGAAAUGCACGGGAGUUAGGACUUUUACAAGACGACCCAGACCAUCCCAAAAAAAACAGCCAAUUAUGGGAAGACUUCAAUAUUUGCUGGCUCUCCCUAUGUCAAAAGCAAAAAGACCUGACCGAAGCAAUUCUGGGCGCUGGCCAAGCACUGCCCUCAACACUACUGAGUGCCGAGGCUAUGGAGAGCAUGGGACAAGCAAUAAUCCAGUUCUGCGACACAGUCGAGCCGCAUGGAUUGGUGGAUUACCAAAUGGGUAUAUGGGAGGAAGAAAUCCUUGAUAUUCUUGGUCAAUGCCUUGAUCUAGUUGAACAGUAA